AGCUCGUUUUCUUGCAUUCACAAAACCAAAUUGCUUUGCACUACUACUAAACUACCAUCUUGCUUUCCAAGCAAUCACUAAAGUAAAAGCCAGCCAUGGGAAACUGCUUGGUGCUGCAAGAGAACGUUGUGAAGAUCGUGAAAACCGAUGGGAAAGUUCUUGAAUACAAAACACCCAUCAAAGUGGAAGAGGUUCUGAUACAAUUUUCUGGCCAUGCAGUGUCUGAAUCACUCACAGUGCUGCGGCAUCUUGAGCCACACACAAAGUUGCUUAGAGGGCAGUUAUAUUACCUAGUGCCUCUGCCACCAUCACCAAAAACCAACAAGAAGGUGAGGUUUGCGGAACCAGAAGUCCAAGAUGUACAUAAAAGUAACGUGGUUAGGAUUAAGGUGGUUAUUAGUAAGCAACAGCUGCAGAACAUGCUGCAGAAUGGAGGGUUUUCGGUUAGUAAGAUGUUGUCUCUAGUUCAUGAGGAGAAGGGUACUGAAGAUUUGUCUCAAAAGAGUGAGGAUGUUUCUCAAGGGUGGAAACCAGCGUUGGAAAGCAUACCUGAAGUAAAGUAGCAAUAAAUUUUAAGUUUCAAUACACUUUCUCUGUCCCUGCUUAUAAUUUUCCCUUUUUCUAGCUUGCUUUAUACAGUGUAACAAGAGAUAUAUAUUAGAGAAAGAGAAAAAAAAAAACAAACAAACAAAAUUUAAGACUUCA